CAACCGAGCGGACAGCGUCAGGAAAGGCAGUGCAGCUAGCCUACAGGUGCAUCGCAAUGUCGGCGAUGGCGCGCUCAUCAUUGACGAGAUCGGCAUGAACAGCCUGGACCACCUGGGUGCGUGCAACCAAUCUUGCACUCGUCACCUGUUGCCGCCACCGCAUCUCGCCGGCGACCACCCCGCCGCCACCAUCUUCAGCGGCCGCCCCAGCGCCAACACAGGCGAUGAGUUCCAGCACCCAAAGCCAGAGGAUGACAACGAUGGCGACCCUAAUGAGGCCGCCACUGGAUCUCAAGGCGGUCAGCAGCGACCUGAAGUAGCAGCACACCGGCCCCGGGCCAUCCCACAGACUCAGAGCUGCAUACUCGAGGGCUUCCGGGUCUACCGAUCCCUUGCUAAGACGGUCUUCUUGCUGGAGAAGCAGCAGCGCCAGGACAGCAGUCCCUCUGGUCGCCGCCUGACAGUGUACGCCUCUAUGUUCGGCGGUGAGCCAGCCACCGAGCAGCGCAUAGCCGAGAUGGUCGACGACCUCAACAGCCGCGCCGUCGCUGACUUGGCCGACCUAGCACACCUCGAGCCGCGCGUCGUGCUGCAGAGGAACGAGCCACGCCACACACUCAACACCCGGCUCAUCAUGCUGGAGGCACAGCGCAAGAACCAGCGCCUUGUGGUGUGGAACGCGGACCACGUCCCUGUCCAGAAGCGUGGCGCCGCUGUGGAGCCGGCCCUAACCCACGUGGAGAAAGCCAUUGCGAUGCGGAUCAAGGAUGACGAGUUUGGCCACACCACCGCCGACACGUGGUACUACCAUGGCGCCCGAUACAUCCUCCUUGAUACGACAGCAGCCGAUGCCGGGGCGAGUCACAACAACGAGGUGGAAACCUGCGGCCUGCUUGAGGAUGGCCGCGAGCCAGCAGAUGAUGGCCGUGGCCCCUACCGUGGGCUCAAGUACCUUCCGGCGGCCGUCAUUGUGCGGCCUAUAAGCGGCCACAUCCCCGACACCGUGCUGCAGGGCCUUGGAGACUACGCCAGCAGGGGUGGCGCCUUCAUCCUGUCACCCCGGGCGUCUUGCAUUGCCGAGGUGGAGAUGCCCGCCGCCGGAUGUGGCACCAUCACAAAGCAGAUCCGGCGCCUCAACGUACCGCUCGGCGACCGCCAGGCGGUCACCGAUUAA